AUGCUCAUCCUGAGCUGUGCACAGGAGGGUGUGAGCAAUGGGGCUGGGCGCCAGAUUCCAAUCUCUGGUCCCCGCAUCAACAUCACCCAAUGGAACGACACGGAUGGGCGGUUCCAGCACCCCACCACGGGGCCCAUCCUGCUCAACGUCGUCAAUGACGCCGCCUACCUCGCGCAAAAGACAGAGGAUGAUCCUUCGAUCACGGAAGACAUCACCCUCCGUAUUCGCGUGUGGGAGGUGGUGGCAUACAUUGGUCAGCACAUGAUCGAUGCGGGCUUUUGGGCCCCCAACCCCCACUACACGCGCAGGGUAACGGUCGCAGGCAUCCCGACGUCUGUGCUCUACCACAAGCCGUCGGGAGCGACCGCCUCCAUCGCGGAGGCCCUCACGCAGCGUGCCCUCGCCAAGGCCAACGACCGUUCCCAGGCGGUCCACCCGGUCAUGGUGGAAUUCUCCACUGGCCGCAGCUCUCACCCGCUCGGUCACACAUAUGGGCGUUUCGACCGCCACACCCACCAGACAAACCUGGCGGUCGAACAGGCCAUUGUCAUCAACCGGUCCGUACGGAUCCACGAUGGCAAGUUCUCGGCGCUCAAUACCGAGAUCCUCCUUCCCCCGCCGGACCCAGCGACCUUCCAGGCUUACCACCUCGGCGGUGGAGACUACCUCUCCCAUGUUGCGAGCAUCUCGCGUAUGGGUCGUUACUUCGGUGCCCUGAGUACGGGCAUUGACCGCCAUGUUCUCCGCCGCGUCCAGCCGUUCAUCGACCGGGUCCACGCGCAGGUGCCCGACAUGGACGCCCGCUUGGUCGCGGCCAGCCUCAAGGUCGGCAACCCCGCUGACAUGGUCUCGAAGAGCCACCGCCAGUUUGGCACUUUCUCCCGGGAAAGGUACUCGCGGUUCUUCAGCGUCAAGGUUCCUUCCGACAGGAUGGAACAUCGGAUCGCCCAGACUGCGGCGGAGAUCAAGGUCGCAUGGGACGAGGAAGAGGAGAAGAACCGCCAGUUUCGAGCGUCGGGCAAAACACUGGAGACCGCCUACGCCGAGAGCGACCAAGCGCUCUUGUCAAGCCCCGUCCCCAUCAGCCAGCUCAUCGACUCGGCAAUGGACCAAUUGCUCUCCGAUUGCCGCAACAACCCCAUCGUCAAGGACGCGUGGAAGACCCUUCUGCCUGCCGACCGAAGUCCGACCACCGACCCGCGCUUCUUCCACCAGGCCCUCACCCUCCAGAAUGGCCAAUGCGGGACAGACGAGUGCAGGCGAGAACUGCGGCCAGACGCCACGCAGCUGCUCGUCAAGGGUGGGCCGAACACGAAACGAUCCAAGUUCCUGUCCAUCCAGCAGCUCCUCUCGCGCGGUACCUUGGACCUGGGUGACGGAUGCCCGACCUUCGACUCGUUCAUCUGCCUUUGGGCAAUGGGCAUCCGUCACCCAGGUCCAAGGUACCUCGGGCGGGGAGCUGCUGGAUGGACAGGAACUUGGACCGUUCCGUUUUCAGUCGGGAGGUCACCACGGCGGUCUUCCGCUACAUCCAGGUGA